GAACUUCCCAUCACUACAGCCCAUGUCCCUAUCCUAUUUUCUGUACGGAGUCUCCACAUACAGAAAACGUGACAGGGCUUGGUCUACGUGUGGCAGGCAACCAAUCAAUGCUGAGCUAACGGUCCAUCUAAUUGUAAUACAUGGUGCAUCUGUCACUCUCUGACCAAUAGGAGAAAGUAUAAGGGGAAGGGGUUACGUAGCAGGGCAAACGGACACCGAAAACUCCACCUACUUUUCUCUGUCAACAGCCUGUGGAGAAGUUGGGAGAUAAGGAAGGUGUCUGAAAACAGCAGAAAUCUAAGCCUUUGUGGAUAUACUAAGCAUUUUCUCUUGCAUUCUGGAAUAAAAUUUACAAAAUCUGAAAUCAUGGUUGUUAAUUCAGUUCAUUGGUUUCGUAAAGGGUUACGACUUCAUGAUAAUCCGUCUUUACAGGAAGCUUUGAAUGGCGCGGAUACUGUGCGCUGUGUUUAUAUUUUGGACCCGUGGUUUGCGGGGUCUGCUAACUUCGGAGUAAACCGAUGGAGGUUUCUGCUAGAGUCCCUGAAGGACCUGGACUCCAGUCUUAGGAAGCUGAACUCCAGGCUGUUCGUGGUGCGUGGUCAACCCACAGAUGUCUUUCCGCGCCUCUUCAAGGAGUGGAACGUGACCCGCCUGACCUUUGAGUAUGACUCUGAGCCAUAUGGGAAGGAGCGAGAUGGGGCCAUCAUCAAGAUGGCACACGAGUUUGGAGUGGAGACCAUAGUCAAGAACUCUCAUACCCUCUACAGCCUGGAUAGGUCAAUCCGGUGGUCCCAGAGAGCACCCAUGUCCAUUCAGGAUUGUCAAGAUGCUUUGUUUAUGGGGAAACAUUUGAAGUUUGCUUACCAGAUCAUUGAGAUGAACAACAACAACCCCCCCCUGACCUUCAAGAGGUUCCAGGCCAUAGUGGACCGCCUGGAGCUGCCCAAGAGGCCGCUGUCCUCCAUCACUCCAGAGCAGAUGGACAGCUGCAGGACCAGGAUCGCUGAGAACCACGACGAGCACUACAGUGUUCCCUCCCUGGAGGAACUGGGGUUCAAGACUGAGGGCCUGAGCCCAGCUGUGUGGGAGGGGGGGGAGUCGGAGGCCCUCGUUAGACUCAAGAAACACUUAGACAGAAAGGCCUGGGUGGCAAAUUUUGAGCGUCCUCGGAUAAGUGGGUGUGCGCUGUUUGCCAGUCCCACUGGCCUCAGCCCCUACUUGCGCUUUGGCUGCCUCUCUUGCAGAGUCUUCUACUACAACCUGAGGGAGCUGUACCUGAAGCUCAGGAAACGGUGCAGUCCUCCUCUCUCCCUGUAUGGUCAGCUGCUGUGGAGAGAGUUCUUCUACACGGCCGCCACCAAUAAUCCAAACUUUGACCACAUGGAGGGUAACCCCAUCUGCGUGCAGAUCCCCUGGGACCUCAACCCUGAGGCGCUGGCCAAGUGGGCGGAGGGCCGGACGGGCUUCCCCUGGAUUGAUGCCAUUAUGGCCCAGCUGAGGCAGGAGGGCUGGAUCCAUCACCUGGCCCGGCACGCCGUGGCCUGUUUCCUGACCCGCGGAGACCUCUGGAUCAGCUGGGAGAGCGGCAUGAGGGUGUUUGAGGAGCUGCUGCUGGAUGCAGACUGGAGCGUGAAUGCAGGCAGCUGGAUGUGGCUCUCCUGUAGCUCAUUCUUCCAGCAGUUCUUCCACUGCUACUGCCCCGUCGGCUUCGGCCGGCGCACUGACCCCAGUGGAGACUUCAUCCGGCGCUACAUCCCCAAACUGAAGGACUACCCCAACCGCUACAUUUACGAGCCCUGGAACGCCCCUGAGUCUGUGCAGAAGGCAGCGGGGUGCGUGGUGGGGGUGGACUACCCCAUGCCUAUGGUGAACCAUGCCGAGGGCAGCCGGCUCAACAUAGAGAGGAUGAAGCAGGUCUACCAGCAGCUGUCCCACUACAGAGGACUCAGCCUGCUUGCCUCUGUGCCCACCAUCCAGGAGGAGGCAGAGCCUCCAUUGACUGAUGACUCACAGGCCAGCAGCUGCACCUGUGACUCCCCCCAGCCCAGUACGUCAGGGACAGCCCCCGCCUCUCUGAGGAAGAGAGGGCCGCAGACAGAGCAGCAUAACCAACGUCUGAAGGUCCAGCACACCAACCCUGUUAAAGCAGGGGAGGAGGAGGAAAUGGGGACGGAGAAGAAAGGAGAGGAGAGUAGGAUGGAGGAGGAGGAGCAGCCAACAGAGGAACAAACUAUCACACAGCAAUAACCAAUGACAAAAGGAGAUGCUACUACAGAGAAGACACCAGCUCAUCUCUCCUGCCUGGGACAAUUGAACACACACACACACACAUGCAGUCAAACACACACAUCCCAGUUUAUUUUUUUUAUUUUAAUUAACUUUUUUCAUCUAUCAAUCAGAAGUGUUGAAAAAAAUGCUGCAUUUCCAAACACAUGUCCAUAACUAGGUUUCAUUGACUACGUUUACAUGCAGCCUCCUAUCCUGUCAUAAUCUGAAGAGGCCAUUCUGAAUAAACACCUCAUUCAGAAUAAAGCCAUUCUGUAUAUAUUAUCAGAUAAACAUGUGGUAAUUAGUUUUAUAUGAAAAUAUUAGCUAUAUACUAGCUUUUUCAAGUUACAUUAUUCAUGGAAAUGAGCUGACACUGCGUAUGCUUCUCCUUGUGAAGGAUCAGUGUAUCAUUCAAAGUUCUGCUUCCAUUCUGCAUCUGUCAGUUCUAACUCAGCUCAACAAUUUUCCACUUAUUACUACAUUCCAUGACCAGAUGAGAUUAUAUGCAUGUAAACAUGGUCAAUGUGUAUGUGGUGGAAAGCCAGUGAUUAACCCUUUCCCUUUGCCAUGUUUUGCUUUGUUCUUAUCAGAGUUAGACUCAAUUUACGGUGAGAGCACCAAUUUAAGAAUAAAGUCUAAAUUCCAAUCCAAUAAGUAAAACAGGACUUUCAUGUAUUUUUUUUCCAUUGAAUCAAUUGAUAUUUAAAAAAAUAUGUUCCUAAAUUCACAGAUGAUGGAGUAGAUCUCAGCGCUGACCCCUGUUAUGAAAGAGGGUCAAGAUGUGCUCCAGACACAAGUUACUGCUGUGCUGACUCUGAUCACUGUGUGUGUUUGGAAACUAUUGCAAACAUUUUGCCUGAGACAGAGGGUGUUCCAACAGCAGUCUUUAAAAAGAAUCGAAAAAUAAUACAGUUUUAUACUCCCCCCUUUGGGGAUUGUUUUUGAUUGUUGUUACCAGUUGAAAGUGUAUGUUGGACAUGAUAGCAGGACACAGCUGGUGACAUUUACGUGCUCCCACAAACAAAAAAAUGUUUGGGAACGUUAUUUCGGUUGAUUAUUCCUCAAUUUUAAUAAUACCAAUUGGUAUUGUAUUUUAUAUCAUUGGAAAGCUUAAUUAGUCACCUUUACAAUGAGGUACAACUUGUAAGGAUCGUGCAUUCGUGGAAUGAGCAACACAGCUAACCGUGUGGGUAGCGGCCCAAAAAAUUGUGCCAAAAUCCCCUUCAAUAUUCUUCUGUUGGUAUUCACUCUCGUUUUGAGCUUCAAGUGGGAUCUGCUUGGGCGUGCUGUACGUGCCACAGUGACCACCGCAAACAUGUUGGCUGACUUGCGACAAAUCCUGGGUGAGGAAUAGGAUGCCAUCCCACAGCAGUGUGUGAACAGGCUGGUGACCAGCAUGAGGAGGUGCCAAGCUGUUGUGGCUGCGUAUGGAUCUUCCACACGCUACUGAGAGUACACCUGACAGUGUAAAAUGAAUAAAGUGUACAAAUGCACAAUUCCAUGUAAUUGUAACAAUCCUUACAAGUUGUACCUCGUUGUAAGGUGGCUAAUCAGGCUUUCCAAUUAAAUUAAAUACAAUACCAAUUGGUAUUAUUGAAGGGGAGGAAUAAUCGACCGAAAUAACGUUUCCAAACUUUUUUGGAGGAGUUAAUAUAUAAACACACACGUGCACCCCUACACACUUACAGCAAUUGGGAGUGAAUCAUUUUUAAAAGCUCUCAAACUAUUAUUAAAUGUAAUAUAAUAGUGUGUGAAUGUUUUGUAUGCCCUAUGUAUAAAGGUUUUGUAUUAAUUCCCUUUUUACUCUACAUGUACAUCUGUCCAUCCGUUUGUUGACGGACAACAUCAACAUCUGUGAAUUUGUCAGUCCCACAAUUAUCUUUUGUAGAUGCUCCAAACUAGUCAGCUAAACUUCAAGGACGUGUUUAUGUUCUUCAUUCUCUGCAUGAUCAAGAGUACUGGCUCUGCGCUGGUUUGAAUCUGGUCUGCAUCUUGAAUCAUGUUUGUUGUGAGAGUCUGAGAGGAAAAGGGAAACAUAUUUGAAAUUAUGAUUGACAGUUACGAUAGUUGGUCCUUAGUAGAAUAAAUCAGUGAUGCAGUUUGAGACCCCAGGCCUCAAUACAUCCCUCAUCUCGAUUCAACCACACCUACAGCUUGUCAUCAUGUUUCCAAAUAUUGUACAUUCCAAGCAAAGGAGAGUACCUUCACUCAUGUCUAAGUUUCCAUGAGUUCUGUGGAAUAGUUAUGUAUUUGUUUUGUAUUGUACAAAAGAGUUUAUUUUUAUUAAAGAGGUGAUUCUGAA